AUGGCUACAGAAGUAGGAGCACAAGGAGGCUAUAGGUACACAUUCACUGAUGGGGAGACAUCCCAAGAGUAUCAAUGCCACAUAUGCACAUUAGUGGCAAGGGAUCCUCAACAAGUCACCUGCUGUGGUAAGAUAUACUGCAAGAGCUGUCUGGAGAGCUCAAAAAAGAAGAGACAGAAACUAACUUGCCCUGACUGCAAUAAGCAACUAACUGGGAAAUAUUUUGAAGAUAUGAGAGCAGAGCAAGGGAUAAAGUCAUUGGAGAUCUAUUGCACUAACACUGAUAGUGGGUGCCAAUGGAUGGGAGCUAUUAAGGAUAUUGAUACUCAUCUUAGCAUUAGCUGUCCCUAUCAACAGGUACCCUGUACUAAUGGAUGUGGAGCGAUGGUACAGAGAAUAGAAAUGGAAGCACAUGUGACAGAUGAUUGUCAAAGAAGUCUAGUCAAGUGUCAGCACUGUCAGAGGGAGGGCUCACGUCAAUUGAUGACUAGUAACAAUCAUCUUAACAAGUGUCCCAACUACCCAGUCAGAUGCAAUAAUGAUGAGUGUGAGGAGGUUAUACCAAGGCGUUUGCAAGCAGCACACCACAUGACCUGCCCUAAAGCUAUUGUAGCAUGUGAAUACAGUAACAUUGGUUGCAAUAGAAAGAUGAAGAGGGAGGAGAAGGAGGAACAUAGCAGGGAAUCAGUAGAGGAACACCUUCAGCUAGCAGUGAGGAAAAUCGAAAAGUUAGAACUGAAAACAAUCAACAGCAAAGUGUUUAGGCUGACGGAGUUCUUACAGAAAAAGACUCAGAACAAGUUUUGGAAUAGCUCGGACUUCUACACAUCACCAAGAGGCUAUAGGAUGAGGCUAAGGAAUCAUCUCUCAAAGUCUUAA